AUACAAGUAAAUAAAGAAAAUUUCUUCCAAAACAAAAGAGACUUUAGAAAACCGAAAAAGGAAAAAUUCAAUCAAAAGCGCUCAGCUCUGAGCAGAGAAGUCUCUCAAACUAUUUGUCCAUUCAAAAAUGGAUCCAGAGCACACAUUUAUAAGAGUUCAAGAGAGGUUCUCUCAGAUGUUGACGCCUAAAAUUAGAGCUGCUUUGGAAUACAUCUAUCUUUUUAUUGCCAUCACUUUGUUUUGCGUUCUUGUUGUUAUGCACGCCAACUAUGUUCAACAGCCUGGAUGCUCGAGUGAACUCUCUGAAAUUGAGACAACUGAAGCUCAGCUUAUACAAAUUAAGAUAACUAGUGCUGGCUUGUGGUUGCUAAAUGGAUCUGGUUCUAAUGUUACUGAUGUUCUGGGUGUGGAAACUGCAACCACUACAGUAGAAGUAGCGAAUGUGGAUGAAGAUGAAUUGACAUUUUCAGCUGCAAAUUUUUGGUUGAAUUGGAUUGGUUCCAAUGCUUGGAAGAGCAACUUGGCAUUCAAGUUCCGGAAGCCUGAUAGCAAACUUCUUGAUCAAGUAGAAAGCUCUGGCAAUAGUCAAAGCUCUAAGUCAGUGGCUGAUGAUGCAGUUAUUAAAAUUAAUGAGGAGGAGCUACACAAUUUCCCUUUGUCAGCCAAGGAGACAUUUAAAGCUGCAAUUGUACAUUGUGGCAAAAAGUGGUGUAAACGUCUAUCUUUCAUUUGGAGAUGCAUAAUACAAAUAUUUGGAAGUUUCCAGCAGAUUUGGAAUUUAUCCGGAAUUCAUUUAAAUCUUGAUGUUCCAAAGUGGUUGCAUAUACUUUACAUGGACAGGAUUAGCACAUAUGCAGUGCAGUGGCUUGAGGAUAGAAGCAAAGUAUUUGAACCUAUUUAUUUAUACACCAUGGAGAAGGGAUAUUUCUUGCUACCUGAAUCAGCCAGGUCUCAGCAUAACAUGCGCACUGUUAAUAUUAGCAUAUCAGCUAGGCAUUUCUGCUUUGGAAACAGGUGGCAACAACUUCUCAUAAAUAGAUUUGUUGGAUAUGAUACUAUUUUAGUGAAUAGCUUACUGAACUCUCCCGGUCAAGGUUAUCUUUUUAAUUAUCAGACAAAGGAGUUCUAUAAUCUUAGUUAUGCUCAUGAACUACCAGAAGGUCCUGCAAAGUUUGGAGUUAGUAUCAUAUUGUGCUUUGUGAAGUUGGCUGACUUUGCAUAUGAAUAUUUGCCUCUUGUUAACAGAACCCAUAUUAGUGAUACAUUGCAUAGCAAUUAUCUUGUGACAAAAUGUGGUGUGCUUAUGAUGUCAUUAUUUGUCUUUUUCACAACCACAAUGUCAGUUUCAUUUACAUUGAGAGAGACACAGACUCGCAUGCUGAAGUUCACAGUGCAGCUUCAACACCAUGCUCGUCAUCGGCUUCCAACAUUUCAGCUGAUCUUUGUUCAUGUAAUUGAAUCACUUGUCUUUGUUCCGAUAAUGAUUGGAAUCCUCUUCUUCCUGUUCGAGUUUUACGAUGACCAGCUGUUGGCUUUCAUGGUUUUGAUUCUUGUCUGGUUAUGUGAGCUAUUUACUCUUAUCAGUGUACGAACACCGAUCUCAAUGAAGUUUUUUCCUCGCUUCUUUUUGCUCUACUUUCUGGUUUUCCACAUUUAUUUCUUCUCUUAUCCGUAUGGCUUUUCAUAUCUGGCACUCUCUACAACUGCAGCAUUUAUGCACCACCUCAUUCUAUACUUCUGGAACCGUUUUGAGGUCCCAGCUCUGCAAAGAUUUAUGCAAAAUCAUUGGUCUCAGCUUCAGCAACAUCCAGACUUCCACAUCACCUCCUCUACCAUUCUUGCAUCAACAUUACAUAUCACAAGAUUGAAUACAAGGAACCCAGGCCCUCCUAACGUAGACAUGCCCUCAGGGCAAGGCUGGAGACCUGCACCUGACCAAGCCAUGCCCACCAAUCAGGCCGAAGCCCCUGCACCAGAACGAUCAGAAAACAAUGGUAUAGACAGUGUUGGUAACCCUACAGGGAUCCCAGGACAGACCAACCUUCGGCAAGGUGAAACUGGUCCCAACCCCGGGACCAUGAAUUCAUUCAGCUCAAUAUUACUGUGGAUCUUAGGAGGGGCUUGGCUUCAACUCAUUUCUUUCAAUGUUUAGAGACGUUAGAGAUCAAGGGCAAGUUUAUACCGAACCUCCAAGGCCAGAAAAUUGAGGAACGCAGAAUGUGCAGUAAUAGUAAUGGGACAUUACAAUUUAAAAGGAAUCUAAAUGCUGAUUAGUUGUAUUUCUAUGUACCUCUAAUGAAAUCGUACUUAUUGUGCCAGGCUUUUACACUUUGUAUAGAAAUUAUAUGUGAGAUAUAUUAUAGGGCAAUUCCCUCUCUCUCUGUUUUUUUUUUUUUGGAAGAAAAAGAAGCUUGUAUAGGCAAUUAUUUUGCUCCUAGUCUUGCCAAAACUUUCAUUUCCUUGGGAUUCAAAAUCAUGUAUGAUGACUUUUUUUUUUCUUUUCUAAUUAAUUUAAUAUUUUCUCAGAUGAA